AUGCAGGAGAAGUCGACCACCAUCGCCGCCUAUGCGGCCGGCGCAUCUCUCGCCGCCGUGGCGCUCUUCUACGUCUUCGGACCGAACUACACCAUUGACGGCGACGAGUCGAACGACAGCAACCGCAAGAAAAGCAUCGUGGGGCUUUCAAACCCGGCUAACGACUGCUUCAUCAACUCGGUGCUUCAGGCGCUCGCGGGACUCGGCGAUCUACGCGUCUACCUGAUCCGGGAAUUGCACCGGCGCGAGCUGGACGGGCCGGAGAUCUACAAUGCGCUGCCGGAGGCGAGCGACAUGCCGCGCGGGAUGCGGCCGGACCGGCUCGUGGGGCUGCAGCAGGGGACCAUCACUCGGGCGCUGAAGGAGAUGCUGGAUCGGUUGAACGAGCGGCCUAUCUACAAGAAGACGAUCACCAAUCAGGCGUUCAUCCAGGCGCUCGAGUAUGCGUUCCGGAGCCGCAUCAGCCGCAACCAGCAGGACGCGCAGGAGUUUCUGCAGAUCGUGGCGGAGCGGCUGUGCGAUGAGUACCAUGCCGGAUUAAAGGCGCGGCAGCGUGCUCAGGGUCUCCUCGACGUCGAGGCGCCUGCUGUCUCGGGUAGUGAGGACUCGGUGCAGGAGAACCCGGCCGCGGAGGUCGAAGUGCGCAUCGACGAUGGAUCGGAGAAUGGCCUGCCGGCAAUUAUUGAUACUAAGUUGAAGGAACUGGACAAUGAACCCGGCUUUCCCUUUGAAGGCCAGCUGGAGUCGCAAAUCGAAUGCCAGUUCUGUCAUUACCAGUACAGACCGAAUCAGACGUCCUUUGUGAACCUGACGCUGCAAGUCCCCCAGAAGAGUUCGACCACGCUCAGCUCCUGCUUUGACGGCCUGCUGAAGACGGAGUACAUUGAUGAUUUCCGAUGCGACCGAUGCCGCCUGCAACAUGCCUUGGAGGUCAAGAUGGUGGACCUGAGCAAGUCUCGCUCGACUCAGGAGCGCGGGCGCUUGGAGAAAGAAAUCCAGCAGAUUCAGCAUGCCAUUGCUACGGACCCUGAAAUCCUGCCCGAAGGAGUUGAGCUACCUCCGGCCGAGCUCGCACCCAAGCGGAAGAUUGCACGCCACAUGCGCAUCACGGUUUUUCCCAAACUCAUCGCGAUCCAUCUCUCGCGGUCAAUCUUCGAUCGCAGCAGCUCUACGAAAAACGCCGCCAAGGUGUCCUUUCCUGAGCGCCUUCCCCUGGGUGGUAUCCUGAACCAGCAGUGGUUCAAGCUGCUGGCCAUUGUGUGUCAUAAGGGUAGCCACAACAGCGGCCACUACGAGUCGUUCCGGCGCAAUCACCUCUACCCACCGUUCGCCACGCCGGAUGUUUUCAGCUCCUACGCACAGAGUAGGGUGACCAGUGUCAAUCCCUCGACCGCGCCGAGUCCGCGGCUUACUGCCCGCGGCACGUCCGAGACCGAACUAUCGCCGAUCAGUAUCUCGACCUCGACCUCCUCCCCAUCCCUCUCGGGCACGUCGAUCUCCUCCCCCGUACUUUCUCGAUCGCCCUCCACCAAGGAUUCAUCGCAACAACUAAACCCGCCUUCUCCCCCCUCUGCUCGACCGGGCACAUCCAGCUCGCGUCGUUCCUUCCAGAGUCUUCGCAGCAAAUCGUCCAGCUCGAAGCAGACCCUGUCCCCGCCGGGGUCUGAAUCCCAGAGCCCGGCCAGCGACAGCGGGAACUGGAGCAAGUCGGCGCCGCGACCCUCCUUCGUGAGUGAGCGAAGCACCCUAAAGACCUCGAUGGAAGCGUCUACGCUGUCGAGCUCGCGGCUCCGUCGCCGCAAGAAGACGAAUGAUCGCUGGUGGCGCAUCUCGGACGAGAAGAUCAAGGAAUGCAAAACUUCGGACGUGCUGGGCAUGCAGAAGGAAGUGUAUCUCCUGUUCUAUGAGAUGGAAAAAUAA